AUGGCAUCAGAUGAAAAGAAACAAGUUGCAAGGAUCCCCAAUGCAGUUAAAUUUACCUUUGGCGGCCUUGCUGGGAUGAGUGCUACUUGUUUCGUGCAGCCUCUGGAUCUUGUCAAAAAUCGCAUGCAGAUGAGCGGUAUAGGUGGUAAGAAGGAAUACCGAUCAAGUUUUCACGCUUUACGUUCGAUUGUGGCAAAGGAAGGUGUCUUGGCAGUUUAUAAUGGUCUUUCUGCUGGCCUCCUUCGACAAGCCACCUACACUACAACGCGACUUGGAGUGUACACAUGGUUGUUUGAAAAAUUUUGCAGCCAACAGCAAAGCACAACAUUUGCUUUAAAGGCAUCACUUGGGUUAACUGCUGGCGCUGUAGCAUCUUUCGUUGGUACUCCAGCAGAGGUUGCACUAAUCCGUAUGUGCUCUGAUGGGAGAUUACCUGCUGCUCAGAGGCAUAACUAUAAAAAUGUUUUUGAUGCCUUAAUCAGAAUAAUUCGAGAAGAGGGGGUGACAACUUUGUGGAGGGGUUGCGGUCCCACUGUUGCCCGAGCUAUGGUCGUGAACGCCGCUCAGUUGGCAACGUAUUCGCAAGCAAAAGAAGCCAUUCUGAAUACCUCGUAUGUCAAAGACGGCAUUUUUUGCCACUUUUUAGCGUCAAUGGUCAGUGGCCUAGCUACAACCAUUGCUUCAAUGCCAGUAGACAUUGCAAAAACAAGAAUACAAAAUAUGCGAAUCAUUGAUGGGAAACCGGAAUACAAAAAUGCCUUUGACGUCCUACAAAAAAUAAUUAGAAAUGAAGGAAUUUUUGCUCUUUGGAAGGGUUUUACACCGUACUAUUUCCGUAUAGGACCUCAUACUGUGUUAACAUUUAUAUUCCUAGAACAGAUGAAUUCGCUGUAUUUUAGGAAAGUUUAUGGCUUAAAAAGCGCUCGAGGAGCUAUUUGA